UGUCACAUGUGGGCCAGUAACAUGUAAUAAUCUCUCUCUCUCUCUCUCUGUGCCUCUGGUCUCUCCUUAUGUCUCUCGCCCUCUCUGCAGCACUGCAGCGCUGUCCCUGGUGCUGAAGCUGAGAGUGCGACACAAACACCAGACUCAGCGCCGGUUUCUGCACAGAGACCAUCAGAUCUGGAUCAUCUGAUCGGCUGAUGUGUGUAAUUCAGCCAUGACAGUCUCGUGUUUCAUCCUGCAACAGCGACAUUUAAUGAAGAUGAAACGUCAAAUCAAACAGGUGUUAAUGCACAAUAACAUGCAGAUUGGAUCGUUUUCAGGCCUGAUGUGGCUGUUUCAGACAGCUGUUCUCAAAUCCAGCCCUCUGACACGGCAGGUUAGCUCUGCUGAAACGUGUUGAUAUGUGGGUUGUUAUGUUUGCCGAAUUGUAGAUCGGAAUGUAAAGAUUCAGAAAACACCUCGACUUGUAAGAUGUAAGUUAAUAUGUGCCGAGUGGUGAUGAAGAGGAGUAAAGUUGGUGAUUUUGUGAAUGGGAUCUGGAGCGGCACAGAUCUCCAUCCUGUGUGAACCCGGGCUGGUUGUAUAAUCUCUCGGUUGCCGCAGUGGAGGAAACCCCGCUCUCCUCUCGGCUCGACGUCGCUCUCCCGCCUGUCCUUUUAUGGUAUGGGGAUACCCGCCGUCACAGCCGGAUGCGGCCCAUGUUUGGGCUGCUACGAAGCUCGCGGCGGGGGGAAUCCCUCGCGCCGGUGCAGACCAAUAAGGCCGGGCCGGGAGUUACCUAGGAGACGGAGAGUAUAAAACGGGCAGCUCGCGGAGGGAGCCCAGCAUCCUCAGCAUCCUCAGCAGCACCGAGCGGACUAACGGAGCGCAGCGCGAGCUCACGGAUUAAUAACGGGAUUAUAACCUGACAGCGCGAGGGGAUUCCCCGAGACACCCGCAACUCUUCACGCAAUGCUUCUGGAGCGCGACGACAGCUUCAUGUCUGAGUUCGAGGACGCGUGCAGCGCCUGGGUGGACAGUGUGGGCUCGAGCCCCAGCGACGGAGCCGACAGUGACGUAGGAUCACCUUUCUGUCAAGUCUUCUCUCCGGGCACCGACGCCUCUGACUCAGACUUCUUCUCCGACUUCAGUGACUGCUCCUCGGACACGCUCUCUCCCUCCCUCGGCUACACCGGCAGCUUCUUCACCGAGCCGGAGCCGGUCCCUGCCGCCGCCGCGGGGCUCAGCAGCACCGCGGACGCGAUCCUCAACAUGAUCACGGAGAUCGUCGGGAUCUGCACCGAGAUGGAGCAGCAGGGCGACACCGGCUCCCUGCGGGAGUCCAGUCCGGCCCCUGCAGCGCCCUCCCCGGCUGCAGCCUCCUCCUCAGCCCCGCUCUUCGCUCCGGCUGCGGACUCCAGCCUCCUUCCUCCUCUGGCCGCAGCCCAGCAGCCGCCCCCCGCCGCCGGGUGUCCGCCGGUGGUGGUGAAGAGCGAGUUUGUGAGCUCCAGCUGCAGCAGCGGGUGUGGACACUCUUCAGUGGCCGGGAACGAUGCUCUGUUCCUGGCCAGCGCCGACUCCCUCCUCCCGCUGUCCGCUCUGGAGCAACAGGUGGAUGUGGCGGAAUUCAUCGACUCUCUGCUGAGCUCCGAGGCCGGCCAGAGCGAGCUGAAGGCCGGCUGUGAGGUGAAGCAGGAGCCGCUGGGGCUGGAGGACUGGCUGAAGAGUCUGGCGGCCCCGGGCACCGGGGGAGACCCCGGCAGCUACGUCAUCAGUAGGCCGGUAGUGAAGACGGAGCUCGUGCAGAGCGGGAGCAGCCCUCUCUUCCCCCCCUCCACCCUGGACUCGCACCUGCUCUCCUCCCUCCUGCAGGGCGCGUUCCCGAUAGUCAACAUCAGCAACGUGCACGCGCCAGCAGCUCCCAAGGCGUCUCGCGGGGGCAGGAGAGCUCCCGCGCGCAGCGGGCCGAAGGUGAAGCCGUUCCCGUGCAGCGUGCAGGGCUGCGAGCGCCGCUUCUCGCGCUCCGACGAGCUCAACAGGCACGUGCGCAUCCACACGGGACAGAAGCCCUUCCAGUGCGCCAUCUGCGCGCGCAGCUUCAGCCGCAGCGACCACCUGACCACGCACACGCGCACGCACACCGGGGAGAAGCCCUUCUCCUGCGAUGUGUGCGGCAAGCGCUUCGCGCGCAGCGACGAGAGGAAGAGGCACGGGCGCGUGCAUGUGAAGCAGCAGCUGCGCGCGCAGAUGAUGGCCGCCUACUCUCUGGCCCUGAACGCGCCCGGCGUGUGAGCGGCGGCGCUGAUUGGCCGCUGAGGCUGCUGUGGAGAUCAGUUGAAGUUCAGGAUUUGAACCGUUAACCGGAAACGUCGGAGAGACGUUUCAUGUGACGUCACACUGAAGGUGUUUAGAGUGGACUUUAAAGUCCCGCCGUGGCUCCUCUCAGGGCGCAUGCGCAGCGACGGUGCGGUGGGAGCUGAGGAAGAGGAGGCGGAGAUGAAGAGCAGCCGCUCUGGACUCUGAUUGGCUGUCUGCGGUCACGUGAGCAGCUGUGGACUUUAAAGGAGCAGUCCGUCAAACUGAAGGAUGUAAAAUAAUGUUUCAGACUUUCUGCAUGAGGACGUGACAGUGACGAACGUGCGUGGUGACGUCAGAAUGUCGUGCUUCUGUUGACUCAGAUCUUUUUAUGUGAAUUUCCAUGUUUGUAUCAUAUCUCUAUUUUUCUAUGCUCGGCCUUGUUUCUAUCAGAGUGUGUAUAUUUGUAGAGGAGCCACAUUUCUACGGCUCGGCGAUGUGCAAUGAUGUCAAUUUUCUAUGACCGGCACACAGAUGCAUUGUGGGAUAUGUGUCCUGGUGUCUGCAGUGUACAGAUGAACACAGCAGCUCGGUGUGAGCUGACUCUGAGUAGCACACAUGGCUGUGCACGUUAAUGUUCCGUCGUUGUGCAUGGAUCAAUAAACAAACAAACAAACAAA